AGCCCCAACAUACUACCUCUUCGUUAGUUAUCAAUCGUUCGACGGAGUCAUGCCUGAGAUAGACAAGCUGUGUCCCAAUGCGAGCAGUCAGUCUGAUAGCUCUUCCUCUGCAUCCUCAGAAGGAGGAGCAUCUCCAGGGUCAUCACGGUCCCAGACCCCCCUUCACUGGACCCCCCGCUACCACAGACUGAUUGACCGCAUCAAUCGCAGGAUCGGUUCUGGAGAUCACUUUUUCUCACUAGAGUACUUCCCACCCAGAACAGCCAAUGGAGCAGUCAAUCUCAUUGGAAGGUUUGAGAGAAUGGGUCACGGUAAGCCCCUGUUCUGUGACAUCACGUGGCACCCCGCGGGGGACCCGUCUAACACGGAGAAGCCCACCAGCUCCACCUGCAUGGCUGGCACCAUGCUCAACUACUGCGGCAUCGAGACCAUGCUCCACAUGACCUGCUGCAACAUGACCAUCGACACCAUCAAGUCCAACCUACAGAAGGCCAAGGACCUUGGCAUCAGGAACAUCCUGGCAUUGAGAGGAGACCCCCCUACAGAAGAGGACGAUUGGAAACCAGUGGAAGGAGGUCUCAACUACGCCGUCGACCUUGUACGCCUCAUCAAGAGGGAAUAUGGGGAUCAUUUCGUUGUCUGUGUUGCAGGCUACCCCCAGGGUCAUCCGGAGUGUACAUCUUACAAGGAAGAUCUCCGCUACCUCAAGGAGAAGGUUGACGCCGGAGCUGAUUUCAUCAUUACACAACUCUUCUUCAAAGCUGAAACAUUCCUUAAGUUUUUUAAAGACUGUCGUGAAAUCGGCAUCAACUGUCCAAUACUGCCCGGAAUUCUGCCCAUCCAGGCCUACCAGUCCCUGCGACACAUUGUGAAACUGUCCAAGCUGGAAGUCCCACAAGAAAUUAUUGAUGCUAUUAACCCUAUCAAAGACAAUGACGAGGCUAUUCGCAACUUCGGUAUUCACCAUGCAGUGGAAAUGUCCAAGGCCAUGCUUCAAACUGGAGACAUCCAUGGCCUCCACUUUUACACCCUCAACAGAGAAGUUGCAACUAUUGACAUUCUCAAGAGACUCGGGCUCUGGAAAGAAGAAGUAAGGAAGCCGUUGCCAUGGAAACUGACAGCAAAUCAUGCUCGGUGUAAAGAAGAAAUUCGGCCAAUUUUCUGGAGGUGCAGACCCAACAGUUACGUGUAUCGCACAUCAAACUGGGACGAGUUUCCGAAUGGCCGAUGGGGCAAUUCUUCUGCUGCAUCAUUUGGUGAUCUGCAAUACUAUCAUCUGUUUUACCUGAAGAGCAGAUCCACAAGGGAUGAGCUGAUGAAACUGUGGGGCGCGGAGCUGACGUGUGAGCAGGACGUGUGGGACGUCUUCACCAGCUACAUCACAGGGGAACCAAACAAGAAUGGAAUUAAGGUGACCAAAGUCCCCUGGGAUGAUGAAGAACUCUCUCCAGAGACGUCUCUGAUUGCCAAGGAGCUGGGCGAGAUCAACCGACAGGGCGUCCUGACCAUCAACUCCCAACCUAGCGUCAAUGGCGCUCCCUCCGAGGAUCCCAAGGUCGGAUGGGGGACAUCCAACGGCUAUAUAUUCCAGAAGGCGUAUGUCGAGUUCUUCACGUCCAACGCUAAUGUUGAAGCCUUGAGGCAGAUCCUUCCUGAGUAUCCCCUAGUCAACUUCCACAUCCUCAACAAGAAGGGUGAUGAGAAUUACACUAACUGCCAUGAGUCAGAGCCGAUAGCUGUCACGUGGGGGGUGUUCCCGGGGAGAGAGAUCGUGCAGCCCACCGUCGUCGAUCCCAUUGCCUUCAAGACAUGGAAGGACGAAGCAUUCGGGCUGUGGCUGGAAACAUGGGGCAAGUUGUACGCACCCGAUUCCCGGUCUCACAAAGUUCUGGAGGACAUCAGCAACAACUACUACCUGGUGAACCUCGUCGACAACCAGUUCCCCAAGCCGUCCUGUCUGUGGGAGGUCAUCAACAGAAUGUUGGACUUGGCUGGCAACAAGACAGAUGACCGGAACCAAGCCAUUGUGGACAACUAGAUCAACACCACCAUGUUGUUCUGUAUGACUGAUCAAACAAAUGGCAUAUUCCACAACAGAAGCAAGCACGCCAUGUUUGGAACAAGCACAUUACAAGCCAUGCUGGCUUCACCCAUGUCUUUCAAGCUUCAGAUAGUGAUGCACAUGUAGCAAUUUGGAUGAUACGGAGGUCCAGGGGACACACACAAGUCAGUCUAUUCAAAGGUUGGAGAACAGAUCAGUGCAGAUAUAGAUUACCAAUAUAGCCUGAGAUGUGAAGAGAAGAGGUGUGUGAGAAAAAGAUAGGCUGUUCGGUGGAACUGCAUUGAAGUGCUGUAGAUUUCAGAGCUUGGCAAGGGUUCCAAGUGUCUUGGGCAAAAACUCUCAAAAUGUACAUACUUGAAAGCUGCUUGUCUGGGAUUUUAGAGGCUUCAUAUGUUUCAGCUUUGAACUGCAAUCUAUUUCCAUGAAUGUGUUAAACAUUGGCUUUGACUCCAGGUACUAGCCGCCUCACUAGUGUUGAUUCAUUAGGUUUUAUAUUUGACACCUUGAAUGUCCUUGAUUACCAAGUGCUACCAUCCACCCAAAUAUCUCGUUUCUGAAAAUGAAUGAAUUAGUUACAUCAAGAAAUGAAUUAUGGUGACUAUAUUUAAAGAGAGAGUGGAAGAGGAUCGAGGGAAAGAGAGAAAAGAUGGAUGGAUGGGUAGAUGGAUGUUUGGCUUCUAAAUAAUUGUCUUAAUGUUAUGUGCUGUAUAUCAAGGGUAAAUAUACGUCUGAUGAUUGUCAUUGGCAGCUAAUUGAAGCAGUCAUAAAAUGUCAAGUGCCAUUGUUUCUUAAUCUUUAUAUUGAUGGUAUUCAACAAUCACAAUAUUUGAGAGUUAUCCACCUUUGUAUAUGAGCGCUGGGAUAGACUAUGCUGAUUUAGAAGUGUCUGUAUUAUAACGAGAUCAGGGAAGUUCGGAAUCUUAUCUGUUUUGUCAGUGAAAGAAGGUCCCGUCAUCUAUCAGGACGUUUGUAAAUGAACUGAUUCUUGUAAUAGGGUAUUAUGUUAUUAAUUGCCAAUACCACAUAUAUGGUCCAUCGCUUUUAAUGAUUGUGAACCAAUUCCUGAGUGUUUCAAUAUAUUUUGUUGAUUAUUUAUAUAUUUUGUAUGGUUAUAUACUGAUUUCAUACUUUAGCUCUACACGUAUCAAUAUCUGAGUUUACCUUCAUGUUUCAAACGACGGGUAACAUUAAUGAAUAACUAUACUGCAAAUUCUAUUUGAUUUGCAACAUGCAAGGUUUGUGAAACAAGUCAUUUCUUUUUUACCUUAUGACUGAUAUACUUCUUACAGGGGCGGUGGGAUAGCCUUAGUAUUUGAGAUACAGUCAAUUUUAGAUGUGACAAGUUAGCAGUUGUGAUCUGAGUUGAGUAAGGGCAGUGGGAUAGCCUAGUGGUUAAAGCAUUAGCUCAUCACGCCGAAGGCCCCAUUGUGUGAGCCCAUUUCUGGUGUCCCCCUGCCAUGAUGUUGCUGGAUUAUUGCUAAAAUUGGUGUAAAACCAUACUCACUCACUCUUCCAAAUACUUGAAUACCUGUUGUGCCAUAUCAUCAGUGGCUUGGUCUGCUACUGCAGCAGACAGUCGGUGAGUUGAACACAAGCUGACGUGGUUGUUCAACAAAAUUAAACUUGCGUAAAGAUAGAUAUCUCUAUUACAGGGGGAUUUUGUGAAGUCAUCUUCAGUUGAAAUAUUGUUUCACAUGUUCUGAUGUUGUGUUUGUCUGUUGUUUACCUUAUGCCUAGAUCAGCAGUGUUACAGCUAUAGAACUGGUGAUUGAGCUUUCAUCUGCACACUUGUGAUACGAUGACAUGCAUCGAGUCACCGAGACUGACCACCUGACCACAAUAGUCACCUCUUACGACCAGCACAGGUUAGCUAGGGACCAGUAUUCUUACCCAGAAUCUCUUGUACAAUGGUUACGGCAAAUAUCAAUCAGUAUUUUGUUACAUCAACCCUCAAGUGGUCUAGAACCUCAGAUACUUGGUAUAUUUUUUAUAGCUCUUCACUUAUUAAUAUGCAUAUGAUGGUUGGUCACUUUUGUCACUUUUGCUUGGGAAAACACCCUUCAAUGUACAUGGAAUGUAUUGCAGCGUAUUCUCUACAAUCUUUAUACUUCUUUUCAAACUUAUCACAGAAUGUACAACAAUAUUGCUGCAGCACCUACGGUAGAAGAGUCGUGUAUCUCAGUAGGUUUUGAUAAGCACAGCGAGACUGGUGUGACCUCAUGAUGACAUAGAUAGAAAACGACUGUCAAAUUGUAAUUUUUGACAUUUAUUUACAUUACAUAUCAAGUGUCCACUUAUUAUUCAUUUCACGAUCAGUCAAUGUGAAUCGCUCAAAAUUCUAAAUGUCUCUUAUUAUUGUCUGAAAGUAGUUUCCCUGCAACUACAGCAUGUGAUCAGUGUUGAUCGUAGAAGGAAGAAAUUCAUUAUUGAUGUUGCUUAAUACAUACUCAGGUUCAAAUCACACGAGAAGGGAUAUGGUUUACCUCACAAAUACAACAAACUGCGAGAGGACCAACAUAAAACCUUUAUCCCACUACGUAAAAGCUUUUCAUGUGGACAGGCCACAUUCCAAACAGUAAAGAUGACAGUACUUGUUAAAAUCAUCUGAAACUUUGGAUGAGGUAACUGUUUUUAUUCCACAUCGUUGUCCGCAUUUACAGUAGAUGUUAUUUGUUGUUUUAUGUAAGGUUUUAAGAGAGGUUCUUGUCGCAUUUCUCCUGGUUUGCUGCUGUUCUUGAGUUGAGACAUUGGGUAGCUGAAUGGGUAGUGCUAGUCAAGAAGCAAGCCUGAGUGUAUUUUAAGAAUAUCCGUGUUAUUACUGCUAAACCUAUUCUUCAUCGUCUUGGCAAUAUUGUGUCAUGCAUAUAUUUGAUUGUGUUAAAGUGUUAUCAGAAUCUAUAUGCCGUGUAGACCAGAAGUAACAUGUAAUGGUGAUUUGCAGCCACACGGAUGUCAUCUGUAAAGUGUAGUUGUGGCACUGCUUUUUUCCAGCAUAAUUCUAUUUAUUGUUACAUUUUAUAGCACACUGUAUGAAUGUGUCUUUGUGAUUUAUGUUGACAGUAUUAAAGGUUGAAUUUUAUCAUGA